AUGAGUGUCAAGUCUGUGAACGUCGGCCGCUUGAACGCCGUGAACAGCAUAGCAAGUACGAAUAAUUCGGAACCAGAAACCAACCAACAUGGCCACCUCACUCUGUGGCAGUCGAUCAAGAAGUGGCGUCGCGUCGUUCUCUACUGUAUCGGCAUGACUUCCGCCAUCCUGAUGUACGGCUACGACUAUGUCAUUGUUGGCACAGUUUCAGCAAUGCCCAGCUUUCAGCAUGACUUUGGUCAACAGCUCAAUGGAAAGUGGAUUCUGCCUUCACUCUGGCUGGGUCUUUGGAACUUCGUCAGUCCAGGCUGCUCCAUGAUUGGCUCUUUGAUUGGAGGUGUAUUUCAAGACAGAUAUGGUCGUCGAGCGUCGCUUGCAUUGGGAUCCUUUCUGUCGGCCAUUGGUGUGGCUGUUUGCUUCGUAUCCAACCUCUCCCCUGAUAUCCAUACCCGGCGAAUCAUCUUCCUCGCUGGCAAAGGUUUCCAAGGAGGGGCCAUAGGUAUGGUCAUGACGACUUCCCAGACGUACAUGUCGGAAAUCCUGCCGCCGAAUCUCAGAGGACCGCUCCUGGCCUUUUUCCCAAUCUUCACAUUGCUUGGCCAGUUGACUGGUGCCGCUGUCAUAUUCGCGUGCCUCAACCUGGCCAAUGGGUACACCAUCUGCUUUGCAUCUCAAUGGCCAUUUUCUGCCCUUCCAUUGUUGAUGGCGUUCCUGAUCCCGGAAAGCCCGACAUAUCUCAUUCGGAGGAACAAGAAUUCCCAAGCUCACAGAGCUCAAAUGAAGCUGGAUCCGGCGGGUUCCGAACCUGAGGACACUCUCGACACCAUCCGCCGGAACAUCGAGCAUGAAAGGCGACUGACCAAUGCGACCUACAUUGAUUCAUUCCGCGGUGUCAAUCUUAGGCGCACCUUGAUCGUCAUGUUCUCCAACUCAUUACCAAACAUCUUUGGUUUGACGUUGCUGUCAAAGUCGAGUUAUUUCGUGCAAGUCGUUGGCAUGAAAGCCAACCUGAGCGUCAUCGUUCUUAUACUUGGUCUCGUUUGCGGGUUGAUUGCCAACAUCAUGAGCGUAUGGGUCCUCUCGAGGAUAGGACGUAGGCGGCUAAUCUUAAGCACGCUAUCCGUCUUGUCCAUAAUCUGGACCGCCAUGGGAAUUGCGGGUUGCUGGUCGGGUCCAGUGAUACCAUGGUACGUUAACGGUGGCCCCGUGGCCGUGAGCAGCGCCUUGACUAACUGCAACAGGUACACAUCCAUGACACUGAUAGCGGUAGUUAUCGUGGCGGGUCUAGGAGUUUGGCCAGCCUCACACGUUGUCGGUGCCGAAACCUCUGCGCUGCAUUUGCGAUCCAAAGCCCAAGCUAUCGGUUGGUUUACCGCGGGAGCAAACAACUCCAUCUUUGGAUUUGUGUUGCCAUAUGUCUUCAACCCCGACAAAGGCAACCUUAAAGCCAAGACCGGUUUCGUGUUUGCUGGUCUUUGUGCUCUCGGGCUUGUCAUUGCCUUCUUCCUGGUACCUGAGAUGAAGGGACGAACGCCGGCUGAAAUUGAUCGCAUGUUUGAGUUGAGGCUACCGGCACGACAAUUCCGCCACUGGACCAACUCAGCCUCGGAAGGAGAGAAGAAUGGUUCGGCUAGAGUUGAGAACUCUGCCGCGUAG